UCCUUUCUCUCCUUUGCACCCCUGCUGCUCCUCCUGCUACUUGCGCCCUUCGGUUUACUCCUCUCUUUUAUUGCCUUCUUUCACUUGUUUCGAUCUCGUGUUCUUGUUGAAUUGUGCUUGCUGACCAUAUGCUUGUUUGAUUACUUUGCAGCUAGACAGAAAGGAGGACCCCUCAUACUCAUGCAUGAACACUGCCUCCUCCGGCCACAUAUGAAUCGAACAUGAAUAGGGGGCAUAUCAGCAGCUCGAAGCUCAUCAACGAGAAGCUCGAGGAACACCGGAUCUCCACCGCGAAGCCCUGCCCCAACUGCGGCCACAAAAUCGACAGCAAACCGAAGGAUUGGCUGGGGCUGCCGGCCGGCGUCAAGUUCGAUCCAACGGACCAGGAGCUGAUCGAGCACCUCGAGGCGAAAGUGAAAGAAGAAGGCUCGAGAUCUCACCCUCUCAUCGACGAGUUCAUACCCACAAUAGAUGGGGAGGAUGGAAUAUGUUACACCCACCCUGAGAAACUUCCAGGUGUGACAAGGGAUGGCCUAAGCAAGCACUUCUUCCACCGGCCGUCCAAGGCCUACACGACGGGCACGAGGAAGAGGAGGAAGAUACAGACGGAGUGCGACGUUCACAAGGGCGAGACGAGAUGGCACAAGACCGGCAAGACGCGGCCGGUGAUGGUGAACGGCCGGCAGAAGGGGUGCAAGAAGAUAUUGGUGUUGUACACCAACUUUGGCAAGCACCGCAAGCCGGAGAAGACGAACUGGGUGAUGCACCAGUACCACCUCGGCGACCUCGAAGAGGAGAAGGAGGGAGAGCUGGUGGUGUGCAAGAUAUUCUACCAGACGCAACCCAGGCAGUGCAGCUGGUCGUCCGACCGGGGUGCCACCGUCGUCGUGGCAGCGACGACGGUGCAGGAGCAGCGUAGGAGGGAUAGUGGCAGCGGCAGCUGCUCGUCGAGGGACCACGAGGUGUCGGCAACAUCGUUCCCGGCCGGAUACACGGUCACCGCGGCCGUCGAGAUGCAGCAGCACUUGAAGCAGUCGGCGGACCAUUUCAGCUUCACGCCUUUCAGGGAGACCUUUGAUCAGGAGGUUGGUAUAGGUGGUGAUCAGGUGCCAUCUAAUCAGCUUGGACGAUCAGGGCAGCAUCAUGCUGGCCAGGAGCAGCAACCACACCGGCCGGUGCUCGGGACGACGGCCGUGCCAGCUGCAGCUUUCCUGAUCAGUAGGCCAUCGAAUCCCGUCUCGACUAUAGUGCCGCAUACAAUGCAGCACGCAUCAGUUGUUGAUCAUGAUCAGUUCCAUGUGCCAGCGAUCCUUCUCCACCACCAUGACAAAUUUCAGCACCAGCAGCAACAGCCACAGCAAAAGCUUGACCGCAGGUCUGCCGGCUUGGAAGAAUUGAUAAUGGGCUGCACAUCGUCCACAAGCACAAAAGGAGAAACAUCGAUUCCUCACUCUCAAGAGACAGAAUGGCCUUACCCGUACUGGCCACCUGACAACACAGAUCAUCAUGGAUAGUUGCAACAAGGCUGGUAAAUAUAGUGGCAAUCAAUACGAACAGAAUACUAACCACGACCACUUUCAAUAGCAUGGUCUUUGUCUCCUUGAAUAUAAAAUAUUGCUUUCUUGGAGAAUGUACUGCUGUUGGGAGAAGAAAAGAGAGACAGAUAUCUGUAGAUCCCCCUCAAUGCAAAAAAAAAAAGGAGGAUCAAAUUAACUGUGAACUCUCCAAGACAGAAGAGACGAAGUGAUGAACGAAAAGAAAAGAGGGAAGAUCGAUGGGAGGAAAGAUAUAUAUUGUUGUGCUGACAUCAAAAUGGAGCAUAACCCACCUAGAUGCAACCAGUAUUAGUGCACCUUAAUCCACGUAUAACUAUAAACGGUUCACGGUUUUUAUCAUGUUUUUUAUUUGCUUUUUGAUAUCUUUCAAUUGUAAAAAGUAGUAUUGUUUGCAUGUACAUUAACCCUCUUUUUUUUUGCUUUAUAAGUUGAUAUUUAUUUUCCCUUGGUUAA